UCUCUUUUAUAACUAUAAACUUCUGUUUCUGGUUCCUGCAGUCCCAAAAUUCGCCUCAGUUCAGGUGGGGUUUUACUCUUCCUCUCCUUAUCUCGUGGUUGCCCGUUGGCUCAGCCAUGAAUUUUCCUGGUUGGAAUUUUGAGAAUGAUGCUUUUGUCACCAAUCAAAAGAAGCCCAUGGGGACGGACCAAGAACUUGUGGAGCUGAUAUGGCAAAACGGACAGGUAGUUAUGAACAGCCAGACGCAAAGAAAACCAGCUGCAAAUUCUAUCGACUCGAGACAGUUCCAGAAAAAUGAUCAAUCAACAAUCAGGGCUAAUGAGUCGUAUGGGAACUCAAGUCAUUUGAUUCAAGAUGAUGACGCCGUCUCAUGGAUUCAAUAUCCACUUGAGGAUCCAUUGGACCAACAACUUUGUUCAAACAUUUUAUCUGAACUGCCAUCCUCUGGACUUGAGUCGGGCAAGCCAAUAAGACAACUUGAAGAGGGAAAGUAUGUCAAAUUCGGCCCCUACAGUGCUUGCCAUGUGACUGCAAGUUCACAAACACCAAAUAUAAAGCCCUUUUCUCAGGAAUUAUCAGGAGAUGCUAUGCCUGCUCCAAGAGUUCAUUUUCCUGAUUCACCGCAGAAAAAUAUUCAUUUUGGUGGAUCACAAAAUGUCCUCAAUUUUUCUCAGUUUUCAGAAUCCUCCAAAGUAGCCCCAACAUCUUCUAAUGCACAGUCUGAAGGUAAAGGUAAUGGUGGUCUGUUGCAAAACAAGGGCAAAGAGUGCUCUGUCAUGACAGUUGGUUCAAGUCACUGUGGCAGCAACCAAGUCCCUCUAGAUCCUGACAUAAGCAGGGCAUCAAGCAAUGGGGUUUGGACUACCGCUUUAUUUUCCGAGCCUGAACCCCAGAGAGAUGGCAUCCAGAAAUCAAUCCAUCAGAGUGAAAAGGGGAAGUCAGAGGUGCCUGAACCAACUUUGAGUUCAUCAUCAGAUGACUCUGGUAGUCUUGCAAAAACUUGCUCCUGGUCUGCAAGAAGCCAUGGCCAAAAAAGGAAAAAGGUUGAUACAGAAGAAUUAGAGGAACAAAGUGAGGACACAGAACCCAAAUCGGCUGUUGAAAACAAGGUAGCUCAGGGGACAAGGCCUUCCCGAAGGAACCGUGCAGCUGAAGUGCAUAAUCUCUCAGAAAGGAGACGAAGAGAUAGGAUCAAUGAGAAGAUGAGGACAUUGCAACAACUCAUACCUCAUAGUAACAAGACAGAUAAAGCAUCAAUGUUGGAUGAGGCAAUUGAGUACUUGAAAUCACUUCAGUUACAACUUCAGGUAAUGUGGAUGGGAGCUGGAAUAGCACCAAUGAUGUUUCCAGGAAUUCAGCACUAUAUGUCCCAAAUGGGUAUGGGAAUGGCUUCACCCUCUUUUCCUCCUAUUCCAAAUCCGGUGCAAUUACCAAGAACAUCACUUGAUCAUUCCAUAUCCAUGGCUCAACCACCAAACCAGGGUUUGAUGCGUCAAGCUCCUGUUAUGGGUCCCUUUACUUAUCAGAAUCAGAUGCAAAAUCAAGCUCUCUCAGAGCAAUUCGCGCGUUAUAUGGGGUAUCAAUUUAUGCAAAGUGCCUCUCAGCCGAUGAAUGGAUUUAACUAUGGAUCUCAAGUACAACAUAGUCAACCAAUGAUUCCACCCGGCAGUAGCAGUGGACCCUUGAACGGAGCUGCAAAUAAUGAUGAUAAUUUAGGUGGCAAGAUGGGUUAACUAGUUUACAAAAAUGCAUAGCGGAAUCUGUUGUGUCAUGAAUAAGCCGGGCAGGAUGAUACAGGCCAUCUCAUGAUUCUCAUGACUGUACAUAUUUCUUCAAAGCAAAGUGGGGUGGAAAUGGAAAAAGAAAGGAGUUAUAUUGAAUCCAGUUAAUACAUACUUGUCAUGCCAUGCAUGUGAUGAGAUCAAUGAAGAAACUAGCUUUGGUUAAAUGGCUACCUCCAAAAAGGUUACUCUUUUCCUCAAAGUCUUCCAACAAUAAGAUGGCUGUAUUUUUGCAAGUGAUUGGUGAAGGCCAGGGGGUCCACUUUGCUUUGAGACGAUUGUUGUGAGCCACUCAUCGUUGCCUUUGAAAAGUUAUGAUGAAAGCUUUAGCGAACCCCCUUUUGAUGUAGAUAACUAGAUUAAUUAGGUCCCCUUUCCAUUCUGCUUUUUCAUUCCUCGCAAAUUUGUCCCGCAGUGCAAAUAUAUACAACACUGGCGCUGGAUUUCACUAAAAGGAAAGCAUAAUGUUAUAUGAAGAUGAGUUUGAAAAGACUGGUACUGCAUGUUCUGUCCAUUUUUUUUUAUCUGAUGUAAAAUCAACUUCCUUACCUCA